AUGGAUGGACAGCUCUCUAACAAACGUGUUCGUGGAUGGAUUUCCCGAAGACAAAUCAAAGGCGGAACUAUGGAAGCUGUUUACGAGAUUCAGACAGAUGGUCGAUAUAUUCAUCGACGUUCAUUGCAGUUCGUCGCUCAAGCACAAGAAAUCACCAUAUCAUUCUCCACAUAUACACAAGUCACAUUCCUUUUCUUGCAAUACCUAAGGGUAAUGUAUACCAAAGGAAAACAUAUCCUGUUAUUGUGUGGAAAUGUACGAUUUUCAACCUCUCUAGACCAAGAAUUUCUUAGGGUGAGGAAGGAACUUCUCAUAUCCAAAGUUGCAUUAACAUACGACCAUUGUGCGAAAAACAAAGCAAAUGCUAAUGGUCAAAUUUACAGAAUUGCUCAAAAGAUUCACUGCCAGAUAGUUGUGAAUUGCUGGAAUGAUGUGGCUGAUAUGAGAAGAAGGGCAACCGGACUUGAACCGGGGAUAGAAAACUACACAAUCGCCCGUGGUGUCUCUGAAGCAGAUACUAAAGUCGUGACAGGGAUUCAUGGAAUGGUGAUAAAAUGUGGAUACAUGAUCAGCUCACAUAUGGUAUUGAAAGCAUGCUUAUUUCUCGGAUUCAUACGUCUUGGUAAAGAAAUCCACUGUGCAAUGAAAAGAGGCAUCAUAGCUACCGACAUCUACAGUGAGACAACCUUGCUAAAUCUUUAUUCGAUUGAAUCGAAGAAUUUGGCCACUUAUAACUCCAUGAUAUCUGCAUAUGGGGAGCAAGGUCUUUUAGAUGAAUGCCUUUCUCUGUUUCACGAGAUGAAAGGAAUGAGACUCAAGCCUGACGGGGUCACCUUUUUAGCCAUAUUGCAGGGAUGUAGUCAUGGGAAACAAGUUGACGAGGGACGCUACUAUUUCAAAGAAAUGAAGGUCCGUUAUCGAAUUUCCCCUUCUGCUCUGCAUUACGGAUGUUAUGUUGGCAUUUUUACAAGACCUGGGCUUUUCAUUUGUACAACUUUAGAGGCAUUUAACCUGGCAGAAAAAUGGUUAGAGUAUCCACCUCAUAAUUCAAAGAUCACUCCCAUGAAUAGAUGA